UCUCUUCAUAUCCUUUGAUUAUCAAUUGGGGAAUGGCUUCUAAGUAAGUUCCUAUCUUUUAAUGGACUAAAGAACUGAGUUAUUUCAAAAUAAGAAAUGAUAGCAAAGUAUCUAAGCAAUUGAAAGUCCUAGCUCUGGAGUAUUCAAAAAUGAUGCUCAUUUGAUUGGCUAUGUGAAAAUUCAAUUUUUGGAUUCUGAUAUGGGUUAAAUAAGAUGGCUUCUGAAUCAAUACUGUAUUUAGAGUUAAGUGAGCUGAGUUCAAAACUUGCCUUAUAUUACCUUUGGCAGAUCAUGGAUUUUAUCAGAAAAUGUUUCCCCAGAGGAUCUUAGCCAAAGGAAUCCCUGACACAAGAAAUUUAUUUGCCUAAUCCUUUUGCUCCCUUCUCAGAAGAAUGUCUUUAAAUAUUUAAAAUGCAUGGAAUGCACAGGAAGCCAAUUAUAUUGACACAGUGGACAAAAUUUAAAACAAAAUGAAUUUUGCAUGUUCCCUAGUUUAGAACUUCUGGGUUAUAUCAUCUCUUAGAUCUCUUUCUUUUGCUCUAAUCUAUACUUUUACAAAUUUUCCUAAUUUUGGAGGGCAAAUGUUCAAUUCAAUAAAUAACCUGAGUCCCUUUUGGGGGGUAAGGGGCAGGGAGAUUACUUCAGUUUCUUGCUAUGAUUAAAAAAAAAGAUCCUCAGAGUGAUGGCUUUUCCUCUUUACUGAUAUAGCCACACUCAUUUAAAUUGCUGAACUGUUUAACACGGUCUCAUUUUCAUGUUUGCAAGUAAUGUUUAACCUCCAGGAAAAACCUGGGAGAUAAAAGAGUAUGUUAUCUGUCCAGCUUAAUUCCACCCCCGUUGGUUAUUAAUUUCUGAACAUCUGAAUCCUUCUUUGUAGAAGUAUGUACUUCAGUGGCUGCACCAAAAGCCUCAGGCUAGGGUCAGGUUUCAAGUUCUUGUCCUGGACUGUGACAAUGAUUGAAAUCUGUUUUGGGUUCCAUUUUUGAAAUGCUCUGUGCAACCAAGAGUAUCCCCAGGAGCUCCAUUCAGUGCUUCUUGACCUUGGUGACUGUUAAGGUCUGAGAGUUCCUUGUCCUGGGCAAGAGACUAGCCAUUUGUGAGCAGCAUAUCUGAACCUAUAUUGUUGUAAGGACUAGAAACGAAGAAGACAUCCACCUGGCACCAUGUCAGCAGGACGGGCAGGUUCCCAGGUUAAGAACUUUGAAGCUUGGGAUUAUGUUGUAUUUGCAGCUCUUUUUGUUGUUUCUUCAGGAAUCGGAGUAUUCUUUGCUAUAAAAGAAAGGAAGAAGGUGACUUCUAGGGAGUUUUUAGUGGGGGGCAAGCAAAUGAGCUGUGGUCCAGUGGCUUUAUCCUUGACUGCUAGCUUCAUGUCAGCAGUCACUGUUCUGGGAGCUCCGGCAGAGGUCUAUCGUUUUGGGGCAUCCUUCCUGCUUUUCUUCAUAGCAUAUGCAUUUGUCAUCAUCUUUACCUCUGAGCUCUUUUUGCCAGUUUUCUACAGGUCUGGGAUUACCAGCACUUACGAGUAUUUACAGUUAAGAUUUAACAAGGUGGUCCGGUACGCUGCCACACUAAUCUACAUAGUGCAGACGAUUCUUUAUACCGGAGUGGUGAUUUAUGCUCCUGCUUUGGCACUCAACCAAGUGACUGGCUUUCAUCUCUGGGGAUCUGUCUUUGCUACAGGAAUUGUUUGCACCUUCUACUGUACUCUGGGAGGAUUAAAAGCAGUCGUGUGGACAGAUGCAUUUCAAAUGGUCGUCAUGGUGGUAGGGUUCUUGACGGUUCUUAUACAAGGAACAGCACGUGCUGGUGGAUUACAGAAUGUAUUAGAUCAAUCAAAAAAUGGGUCUCGACUUGAAAUACUUGACUUUGACGUGGACCCCUUGAGAAGGCAUACCUUCUGGACAGUUGCUGUCGGAGGAACUUUUACGUGGCUCGGCAUCUAUGGUGUUAAUCAAUCCACGAUACAGAGAUGCAUCUCGUGCAAAACAGAAAAACAUGCUAAGAUUGCUCUCUAUCUUAACUUAGUUGGUCUCUGGAUAAUUCUGGCCUGUGCAGUCUUCUCAGGACUGAUCAUGUAUGCUCACUUCAAGAACUGUGACCCCUGGACAGCUGGUAUCAUCUCAGCACCAGAUCAGCUGAUGCCGUACUUUGUAAUGGACAUAUUUGCCUCAAUGCCAGGACUCCCAGGACUGUUCGUUGCAUGUGCCUUCAGUGGGACCCUGAGCACAGUGGCCGCCAGCAUCAAUGCCUUAGCAACAGUGACUUUUGAGGAUUUUGUCAAGAGUGGCUUUCCCAACCUUUCGGACAAGCUGAGCACCUGGAUCAGUAAAGGCUUAUGCUUGUUAUUUGGAGUUCUCUGUACCUCCAUGGCAGUUGCUGCAUCCUUCAUGGGAGGUGUUGUUCAGGCUGCCCUGAGCAUACAUGGCAUGUGUGGGGGACCCAUGCUCGGCCUAUUCACUUUGGGAAUUGUAUUGCCUUUUGUCAACUGGAAGGGUGCGAUAAGCGGCCUCCUGACUGGAAUCAUCCUGUCUUUCUGGGUGGCCAUUGGGGGAUUUGUGUACCCAGCUCCAGCAAUCAAGACCCGCCCCUUGAUUUUAUCAACAGAACAAUGUGUGCAACUGAAUAUGACAGAAGCAUUACCCACAAUGGCUCCUCCAGUGAUUGUUAACAGACCAGUCCUGGCUGAGACUUGGUACUCGCUCUCCUAUCUUUACUACAGUGCUGUGGGGUGCCUGGGAUGCAUCCUUGCUGGUACCCUUAUCAGCUUCCUAACAGGUCCAGAGAAAGGCAAAAAUAUUGAGCCACGAUUGAUUCGACCAGUUGGAAAUUUGUUUUGCUUUUGGUCUAAGAAAUACAAGACGUUAUGCUGGUGUGGAGUUCAACAUGACAGUGAGACAAUUCUUGACAAUCUUGAAAAUGACACUUCCUGGAAACAAGGAACUGAAUCUGCCCUGCAGAAUGGACUUAAAGACAACCAGGAUCAUAUUCCUGGCUAUAAUCCAGAUGAGAAAAGUUACACCAAUCUGGCUGCUGAGAAAGUCACCCAUUUUUAGGGACUAAAGUCUGCUUCUUGUCCCA